AUGCACACACUGUUGUUCCUGAGUACACGGCAGGUGCUCCAGUGCCAGCUGGCCGCCUGCGAGGCCCUGCCCCUUCUUCCGAGAGAGCUUUUUCCCCUGCUGUUCAAGGUGGCCUUCAUGGACAAGAAGACAGUUGUGCUUCGGGAGCUGGUACACAUAUGGCCCUUCCCGUUGCUCAGCUUUCAGCAGCUGCUGCAGGAAUGUACCCACUGCAGCCGGGCGCUAUUGCUGGAGAGACCCAGCACAGAGAGCAUGCAGGCUGUGAUCCUGGGACUGACCGCCCGGCUCCACACCCCAGACACUGAGGCUGGCAUGCAACCCCUGUGCAGGAAGCACACACUGCGGGUGCUGGACAUGACGGGCCUCCUGGAUGAUGGGGUGGAGCAGGACCCAGGCACCAUGAGCAUGUGGGACUGCACUGCAGCCGUGGCCCGCACCUGCAUUGCCCAGCAGCAGGGCGGGAUGGUGGGGCCUGGGCUGGGCCCCUUGCCUGUGGAGCAGCUCGCCAGUCUGCGGCUCCACUAUGUCCAUGGGGAUUCACGGCAGCCCUCUGUGGAUGGUGAGGACAACUUCCGCUACUUCCUAGCCCAGAUGGGUCGCUUCACGUGUCUGCGGGAGCUCAGCAUGGGCUCCUCUCUCCUCUCAGGGAGACUGGACCAGCUGCUCAGCACCCUGCAGAGUCCCCUGGAGAGCCUAGAGCUGGCCUUUUGUGCUCUGCUGCCCGAGGACCUGCGCUUCCUGGCACGGAGCCCCCAUGCUGUCAACCUUAAGAAAUUGGACUUGAGUGGCAAUGACCUGUCUGGCAGCCAGCUGGAGCCCUUUCAAGGCCUGCUGCAGGUGGCAGCUGGGACACUGCUGCAUCUCGAGUUGACCGAGUGCCAACUUGCUGACACACAGCUGCUAGCAACACUCCCUGUGCUGACGCGCUGUACCAGCCUCCGGUACCUUGGCCUCUAUGGGAACCCGCUGUCCAUGGUGGGGCUCAAGGAGCUUCUGCGGGACUCUGCAGUCCAGGCCGAGCUGCGCACAGUGGUGCAUCCCUUUCCUGUGGACUGCUAUGAGGGUCUUCCCUGGCCACCUCCUGCCUCUGUGCUGCUGGAGGCUUCCAUCAAUGAAGAGAAGUUCGCCCGUGUGGAGACCGAGUUGCAUCAGCUACUGCUGGCCUCUGGCCGCGCCCAUGUGCUCUGGACCACAGACAUCUAUGGGCGCCUGGCUGCUGACUACUUCAGCCUUUGACUGCAGGUCCUGGGGUCCAGGUGUGCCAGAGGCCCUCCCUCCUGGAGGUGUGUUUAUUUCCUUGUUCCCGUUGCCUGAGCCUGCUGUUCUACCCUGACUCUUGACUGCCCUGGCCAUAAGACUGGAUCCCAGGUCCGCCUGCACGCCCGGCUUGGUUCAGAUGCAGUUUGUGGCCUUCUGCUGUUGGCGUCCUUUCUGUGGAACCUUCCUCACGCCUCAGCUGUGAACUGAGAGGGCUUCUCUGGGCCCAGCAUGAAGGCGGGUAGCCCUGCAGUGGGUGUAGAGACAGGUACUGGCUUCCACAAGGGCUGGGUCCCAGGUCUCAGGAGCUCCUUGUUAUGGUUCUCCCUUCCUGGCAUCUACGACACUGCCUGUGUGCUGGGACACUGCCUGUGUGUUGGGCGUUUGGGACCAACUUGCACUGUGUUUGGAAAUAAUAGGUUGUUAACGCUUGUGUCCUAAA